CUCCCCAGCCGCUCGCCCAGCAGCACCUGCCCGGCCGGCGGGCGCGCGGUUGGUCACUCGGUCAAGCGGCGCUGCCAGGAUGGUGCGGCUGCAGCAGCUCGUCGCCAGCGGCUACUUGUGGCUCGGGCUGAGCUUGUGGGCGCCGCCGGCGCUGGGGCUGCCCGAGGUGCUGUUCCGUUGCCCGCCGUGCACCGCCGAGCGCCUGGCCGCUUGCUCGCCGCCGCCUCCCCCUUCGGCGGGACCGGGCUCCGCCGUGUGCCCGGAGCUGGUUCGGGAGCCGGGCUGCGGCUGCUGCCGGGUGUGCGCCCGCCUCGAGGCGGAGCCCUGCGGGGUCUACACGCCGCGCUGCGCCUCCGGGCUCCGCUGCUACCCGAGUCCCGGCGCCGAGCUGCCGCUCCAAGCGCUCGUGCAAGGGCAGGGCACCUGCGCCCGGCGGAGGGACGCCUCCGAGUACGGCGCCGCCGGCGUGGAGCACCCAGGGGCCGAUGUUGACCAUACCGAAGCAUCCCUUGCAGAGAACCAUGUGGAUAAUGCUGCCAUUGCGGUCCCCGGAAGUGGUGGGCGAAAAGUGAAACAUGACAAGGAGGUGGCCUUAGCACGCGAGCGGGUGAAUGAGCAGCAAAAACAGAUGGGCAAGCCUACCAAGCACCACCACCACCCUGAGCUACGGCCACCCACUCUCAGGACUCCCUGCCAGCAGGAAUUGGAUCAGGUUUUGGAACGCAUCUCAACCAUGCGACUACCGGAUGAGCGUGGCCCUUUGGAGCACCUCUAUUCCUUGAAUAUCCCAAACUGCGACAAACAAGGCCUUUACAAUCUCAAACAGUGCAAGAUGUCGGUGAAUGGCCAGCGAGGAGAAUGCUGGUGUGUUAACCCCAACACUGGGAAAAAAAUCCAGGGGGCCCCCACCAUCCGAGGAGAUCCUGAAUGCCACCUCUUCUACACUGGGCAUGAGCAAGAGGACCGAGGAGCACAUGUGAACUAGAUGGACAUGUCGCCACUCAACGGCAGGCACCUUGGCCUAGCCCUAGCGCUGGAUUUUACAUGAAUUUUCAAUGCA